CUCCUCAAGCUACCCCAAAACCACAUUCCCAUUUUCUCUCUCUAGAAUACUUGCCCAGUGGUUCUUGGGGUAGUGAGAGUAUGGCCUUGCCUAAGUCCUUUGCUAUUUUGGCUCUGUUGGCCCUUCUCUUAGCAGCUGCAUGGGUCGUAGACUCUAAGGCACAAAAUGAGCAAGCUACAGCAGAAUACAAUGUCGAAGCUGCUUUAGGUUCUCGACCAGGGAGUCUAAGACGCUACCAGUGCCCCAAUGCUUGCACAAGAAGGUGCUCACAAACUCAGUACCAUAAGCCAUGCAUGUUUUUCUGCCAAAAGUGCUGCAGAAAAUGUCUGUGUGUGCCCUCGGGCUUUUAUGGGAACAAGCAAACCUGCCCAUGCUACAAUAACUGGAAGACCAAGAGAGGAGGCCCAAAAUGCCCAUGAAAACAUAUCACACUUUCUAAUAUGGGCCGUCCUCUUAUAGCCGCCUCUAAUGAUUAACGCUCUUAAUCGUUUACUAAGUUUCUUAAUAUAUCUUGUACUCCUUUGAACAAGUUUACUACCCAUUAAUAAAAUUUCAAUUCCUCUA